UGGCAACGCAGCUUAUCACCUCGCCGUUGAUUGUUGUACAGAGUAGCAUUCAGCUGAACUGUUCCGUCGGCAUUCCGUAACUAGCACGCGCUGCCUCAUCCUCGUGAGAGGGGCCCACGGCAAAGAUCAAUGCUGGUGAAAAAAUCUGCGUCAUGAGCUCACCAAAUCGAUUGAAGUUCCCUGGUGAGGACUUCUUUCACCCGGGCUUUACACCAGCAGGGUUCACACCGACCACAACCUCAGAGGAUGAAGUUUUUACCUCACGGUUGGAGCCACAGCCAAACCCGAUUAUCACAAGAAAGCCGGUCUCCAGCCCAACUCAACAGGCCUUGAACGCAAGUUCAAACCUGAAUCCAUUAGCUAUGAACCCUGUGUUGAUAUCCUCGUCGGAGGCAGCAACUGAGGCAUCAACCAUCGCCAAAAGUGAAGAGAAAGGGGGGUUGGGCUUGGGUCUAGCCCAAGAGCCUAAUACAGAAGCUACUUUGCCUGUUCCCGUCCAGAACUUGCUAUCAGUGGAGAGCCCAACGGAAGAGGUUUCCGCUCCGAGCUCUUCGUACGGUGACUCGUCUGCCGUCUCAGCGAACCCAUCGCAGCCAUCACCACCAGCACCGUGGCCGACGAUUCCACAUGUGCAGAUGGACUAUGCUUUCUCUCAGCUUCAUGGCGGUGACGCGCCUUCACAAGAGACCUCCCAACCCGUGUCUCCUAUUAGCGAUUCAGACUAUUUUGAUUCCACCCAGGCAAGCAGGGUAAACUCGCUAGCCCACAGAGUAUCGCAUCGGGCAGUAGCUCCGAUGUCUGCAACAUCUGAUGCGCCAAUGCCACCACUUCCCAUAGGACACCAAAAGUUGCCAGAUGAAUAUGAACAGCAGAAAAAGGUUCAUGGUGAGCAUAUGAAUGAGCGAGAAACCGCAAUUCCGUCUCUGGAGAAGCGCCGCUCAACUAACAACUGGCCACUGGGACUUUACUUUGAUCGUCCUUCAGAUGAUCUCAGCCCCAUAGCUGCAGUUGGCGAGCUGCCAGAGGUUAAGCAAAGUCCGUCUCACGCAUCUCCAGAUAUCAGGAGUCCUUCGGUGCUUGAAACACCAACCCCUUUGCUCUUACGAGCACCGAACACCCAACAGCAGAUGUUUGGACCGCAGAGAGCAUCACAGCAGUACCAGUCAACACUCUCACCUCACCGAUCCUCGCAGACUUUUAUUCCGUAUCGGGCAUCUCAUCCACAGUACGCGGCUUCGGCUCCAUUGGAUACGAGAUGCUCACUCCCGCCGGUCUCAAUGCAAGCAGAGCGGCCAACUAUUAACUCUCAGCAAUCGAGAUAUUCAUCCGCCACAGCGGGUGGGACGACCCCUUUCUUGCACCACAACGACGACGAAGGCUUUUUUGAUUCACAUAAGAAGGGAUUUAAUCGCACCGAUACGGCAAACCUUUCAACCGCCGGAUCUGCCCAUUCAACCUUUAGCAGUUUCCAGGCAUCGUGGCUUCCCGAAGUCCUCUGGAUCUUACUAUCUAUUGCUUGCUUAGGCAUCAUUGCCGUAAUACUAAGCCGCUUCGACCAAGAAUCACUGCGAGAAUUCUCACUACCAAUCACUUUGAACACACUCGUCGCAUUUUUCAUAACUAUUUGCCAUGCCGCUCUGAUAUUUCCUGUGGUCCAGGGGUUGAGCCAGCUCAAAUGGAACUGGUUUGCCAGCCAAGACAGAAGCUUGGCUGAUUUCCAGGCAUUUGAUGAUGCUAGAACUGGCCCAUUUGGUGCCGUCAAGCUUCUUAUUGCAACAAAGGGCCGUCUUCUGAAUGUCAUUCUUGUAAUCAUAAUGCUGUUGGGCCUGGUCACAUCGGCGAUGACACAGAUGAUUAUUGCCUACCCAUCCCGCCUCGCCAACGGCUCCGCCGUGCCACAGGCCUUCAGGGCAGAAAAUUAUCCAAAUAACAACAACCAAGCCACUUCCGCGCCAGACUUGGAUAGGCGCCAAAAGCAAAGCAUCCAGAAUGGUAUCUACAACCCUGCCGAAGUUCCUAUCGCAAAUUUGCCACCGAUAUGUGGCUCUAGAGUGUGUGAGACCCAGAAGUUCAGCUCUCUUGCGGUGUGUUCACGCGCAGAGGAUAUAUCCAAUCGACUCCAGAUAUCAUCUGAUCCGUUGGUCGACGAUUUGAUUACGCGCCUUGGCCUGAACGGCUCUCGACAAGUCCGAAACGCAAGCUUGGGUAACGGGGCAUAUCUAAUCGGCUCGACCGACACAUAUAAUCUCAACAUAACCUCUCUCCUUUUGGAAUCGUCAGAUAUCAGGUCGGCAAAUACAUCUUUCGCCUUCUCAGACCAGCCUAAUUUGAUGGCGGCAGCAAUAUCCAACGUGUUUAUUAUAUACACCAAGCAAGUGUCGUUCCAAGAAUCAGGGCCUUCCUCUACAGGGUCGUCAGACACAGCGUUUAGUGCCAUGGAGAUUCUCUUUCACUUUUGUGUCGCAGAGUAUACAGUCAAAUCCGACACCGAGAUGAGCCAACAGAAUGCCCAGUUCACAACCCGAGUAGAGGAAAGGACGGUAGUUCUAUCGGAGUCCGGGAAGGACUACAAGGUUGACCGUAAUUCGGCAGCAGCACUAAUGCGGUACAUGGCAUCUACGUUCUACGGCACAUUUUCCGCAGCCAUGGGCUCCAGCGCCGUCGGUUAUACGGGGACCAGCGACGCUCUCGGGUUCAGCAUGUUCGGUGCUUCCUCCCAAACACUACCCGAGAGGGACCGUCUUGCCUCUGUGCGUAAUCUGACACAAAAUGUGGCGACCAGCUUGACGAACACGAUCCGGACUCAAGGCAUGCAAAUUUCUGCUGCUCCCAUCCGGCACGAGACGUACAUAUCGAUCAGAUGGGGCUGGUUUGCCUUCCUGGUUGUGCAGGUCGUCCUAGCUGCCGCCUUCCUGGGUGGUGUCAUCAUGGAGACCAUCUUGCUCGACGUUCGCGUGCUCAAAAGCUCUGCUCUCGCCGGAAUGUUUGCCGUCUCCGCCGAGGACCGCAAGCUGCUGGAGGCUGAGGGCAUCGGCAGGGUAGACGAAGGUCACGUCAUGGCCAGCGCAAUCAAGGCUGACGGCAUUAGGGGCCGAUUUGUCUGUAGUGGAGAUAGGGAGGGCUGGGUUCUGGACCUGGGUGUCCGCUAAGGCGGGGUGAUAUGUGCCAUUGGGCCAUGAUUGCUCUUUGAUUUGGGGCAUUGUCUUUGACUUGCGUCUUUUUGUCUUACUCGUCCAUUGUAAAAAAUAAAAUAAAAAAUAAAAACAGCAUAUGUAGCCAGCACAUGGCCUGGCCAGUCAUUUAGCAUAGUGUCGGCGUUCUGUUUCUAGGAAGGAAAAUACAAGUUCGAUCGACAAAAGUUCAUGGUGGCAACGGCAAUGCUUCCGUCUGGUCCAUAGCCCAUCAUCAACCUCUUAGACUGGCCUUAGUUAAUCAUCUAGGCAGAUGCCGCGGAAUAGAUUGUAAUAUGCAUGAUACGUAACAUUUCCCGCGUUGACAUAUGGAUGGUGACCAAGACUUUUGAUCGAAUCGGAUAGCGAAUCCAAACCAAGGCGGGAGUUUCCAAGGCGGGAGAUUAUUCAAAAAGAACAAACAAACAAAAGGUGAGUGAGGCCAUUCUUGCACACACCAUGGAGCUUACCGG